UCUUCCUUAUUGAUUUCAGUGUCUUCGCAGUGAUGUCUGCCCUUAGGCUGAUUUUGUGUGUUAGUGCAGUUUUACAUCUGUGCACUGCUAUGAAACUAUCAGAAAUAUAUACUCAUAAGAGUGAUAUCCAGAAAGCUAUUGUGGACAAACACAAUGCAUUGAGGAGAUCAGUGAGCCCAUCUGCUAGCAACAUGCUUGAAAUGUCUUGGAGCUCUGCCGCUGCUGUCAAUGCUAAGGCGUGGGCAAAGGAAUGUGCCAUGGAGCACAGCCCUCCUGCUCAGAGGACAGUAAAUGGAACCAUUUGUGGUGAGAACCUUUACAUGUCUACUGCCGUGAGUGUCUGGGAGAAGGGCAUUCAGGACUGGUACAAUGAAGUUCAGAACUUUACAUACAAUGUGGGACAGAGUGGAGUUGUUGGUCACUACACGCAGGUUGUGUGGUACAGAUCAAACAAGAUCGGCUGUGCAGCUGCUUAUUGUCCAAAAAGCCCAUAUAAAUAUUUUUACGUUUGUCACUACUGUCCUGCAGGAAACUACGUGCAAUCCUUACUGACUCCCUAUAAAGCUGGACCUCCAUGUGGUGAUUGUCCAAAUGAUUGUGAAGAUGGGCUGUGCACAAACCCAUGCGAACAAUUUGACAAAGCUGGCAAUUGCAAAGUAUUAAUGCAGCUUAAGAAUGCAUGUGAGAACCCAUUGAUUUCAUCUUGGUGUGCCGCCUCAUGUCAAUGUGGAAAGAAAAUCUAUAUCUCAACUCAUAACAAAAAUGUUCAGGAGUUUAUUGUUAAUGAACACAAUACACUGAGAAGAAAUGUGUCUCCACCUGCCGGCAACAUGUUAAAAAUGGAGUGGAAUCAAGAAGCUGCUGAGAAUUCUGAAAGAUGGGCUCAGUUAUGCACUGAAAACCAUUCUUCCAUUGGCCAAAGACAAAUAAAUUCAAACACAGAGAGUCCAUGUGGUGAGAACACGGUUGUGUCCCUAAAUCCUAUAUCUUGGGAGGAAGUCAUUCAGAUGUGGAAUGAUGAAGUCCACAAUUUCAAGUAUGGAGUCGGGAGCAAAGAUGAUAGCUUCACUGGACAUUACACCCAGAUUGUGUGGUACAGGUCCAACAAGAUCGGCUGUGCAGUUGCUCAUUGUUCUGAAGCCAAAUAUGCAUAUUUUUAUGUUUGCCAUUACUGCCCUCCCGGGAACUAUCAAGACUCUUUGUUUGCUCCCUACAAAUCUGGUCCACCAUGCAAAGACUGUCCCCAUUCCUGUGAAGAGAAGUUAUGCACAAAUGCUUGUCCUUACGUUGAUAAAUACAGAAACUGUGCGCCAUUGAAAGAAGAAGUGGGCUGUUCCAAUGAAGAGAUUUUUCAAGGGUGUCCUGCAUCAUGCAAAUGCUCAAAUCAAAUUAUGUAGAACCAUCAUCUGCAAUACCUUAAAUAUAUUGUGUGUAUUUAGUCUUUUCAUAAAUAGUUUACCAGCUAUGAUUUUGUGAUGCAUUUCUCUCUACAUUGGCUUCAUUUGUUCAGAUACAAGAAUUUUAGUUCUUUCCCAGCUUCAGCAAUUUGAUGUCUGUCUUGAAACAAAGACUUGAACACACACACAAAACCUUGAUGUGUCUAUGCAUUACUAUUAAUGGCUUAAAAGAUGUAUAUUUUGACCACAAACCGUUCAAGAGAUUGUGAAGAUAAUUUCUUAUGUGUGUUUUCUUUCUGUAUGUCUGUGGCUAAACAGAAUGUUAUUUUUGUUCUGACAAACUAAUCACCUGAGGACAAGUGUGAUUUACAUUAGAUGUGCUGGAAUAUCCCUUUCACUUACAUGCAUAAUAUUAUUAUUUAGUUGCACAACAUAAAUAUCUACUGUACCUGUAUUGCGUUUCAGUUUACUUUUCUCCACAAGAUGGAGCUCAUGUUUACGUACCACGUAUGGCAAACAGUUUGUUCACUUUUCGCAAAUUGCAAGAAAAUACAGUCACUUUAAAAAGCUCAUGGUUAUGUGUCAUUAAAAUGCUUUUACAUUUUUUCUCAUUAACUGACACCCCCUAGUUGAUUGAACAUCAUGUCAUGUGUUAUUGUUGAUUAGGUAAGUAUUCACCUCCCUGAGCCACUACUUGGUGAAAGUUGCUGGUUAUUUGCCACUACUAAGCCACUGUCACAUUAAGGACUCUCAAUUUGUAAAACAAUUACACCUAAGUCUGAAACAAGCCACCCAGUCAUGAUGUCAAAUGAGCUGCUGGAUGAGAUCCUCAGAACAAUAAGACACUGUCUGGUUAAUGAGCUCAUUUACAUUAGAUGUGUCGAAGAAGUGGUGCCUGUCUUGCCUCUCUUGCGUCUCUGGUAACUUCAGUAACAUUUUAAAAGGAUGUCGCUAGAAUACAAUGGUCAUUUUCUAAAUUGCUGUUUAAAGGAAUUUAAGGCUGCACUUACAACAUUAACAUGUGUCAAAUAUUUCUUCUAUGCUUGAAGGAGAAUAGCAAGUGGGGUCUUCCUGCAUGAGUGGUGUGUAAGAUACCUAGGGGCACCAGCACUGUUAACAGAAGAUAAAACGUAUUAUGGAAAAUAAACUCUCUUAUCAGUUCCAACAAUUUACAGUACUGCGCCAGUUAUGAAAAACA